AUGGCCAAUGAUCCACGUGUGAAGGAUGACUGUCACGUCUACUACGAGCUCCAAGAAGCCGCGCUCUUGGACACAGACAACGAGGGCGACGUACCCCCAACAAUCGACCAGAACAGGAGCGGCGAACUUGAUCCUGCAGAAUACGCCUUUCUUAAAAGUGCCGUGCAGUCUAUAGUAGCCUCAUUUCUCGAUAAUUCCUUUGAACAGCGCGAUGACGAAAAUGAUGGGCACUACGAAGUACUUUUGCAAGCGUAUGAUCUCGCUAUAGCUUGGGCACAGAAGGAGUCGUUACCAAAUGCAGAUCAGGCCAGAACAAGUAAAUUGAACUUGUGUCCCUGCUUUCACUAUCUGACGAUUUCUAGAUUACAACUCUUACGAGAAAUCGCUGCAAAGUAA